CUGUUUACUGGUUGUUCUCACUUUUAACAUGCCUUUGUGAUGUUCCAGGUCCCUUUGUGUUCCAUCUCUUUCAAGUAUUGCCAAGCUGGGGGAAGAAGCAGUGUAAUCAUCAGGACUCUUGAACUGAAUGGACAAAACCGCAAGUAAAGUAAACAGUUGUGUAUAGUCUGUAUACAACACAAAAGGACCUCCUGCCAGGAGCUGCUAGCUUGGGUCGGAGCUGCAGUGUUUGGCCUACAACGCGAACAGUAGCGAGGAACACAAAUAGGUAGUAGGAAGAGCACAGCUGAUCACAGAGCACGGGAUGGGUAUCUAUUUUCUUCUGUUAACUGUGGGGUUUUGCUGGGGGCAGUACAACCCCCCCACCCUCUCUAAGAGGACAUCUAUUGUGCAUCUCUUUGAAUGGCGCUGGGAGGACAUUGCCCUGGAGUGUGAGCGCUAUUUAGCUCCUAAUGGAUUUGGAGGAGUUCAGAUUUCACCUCCAAAUGAAAAUGUUAUUGUUACUGACCCCAAGCAGCCAUGGUGGGAAAGAUACCAGCCUGUCAGCUACAAGCUGUGCUCACGAUCUGGAAAUGAAACUGAGUUUAGAGACAUGGUGACCAGGUGCAACAAUGUUGGAGUGUAUAUUUAUGUGGAUGCAGUAAUCAACCAUAUGUGUGGAGCUAAUGCUGGUGCUGGCGACCAUGCCACUUGUGGAAGCUAUUUUAAUGCAAAGACUGAAGAUUUUCCAGCUGUGCCGUAUUCUGGCUGGGACUUUAAUGAUGGUAAAUGUAAAUCUAGAAGUGGAAACAUUGAGAAUUAUCAUGAUAUAUCUCAGGUCCGGGACUGCCGCCUGGUCAGCCUUCUGGAUCUGGCGCUGGGGAGGGACUCCGUGCGCUCCAGGGUGGCUGAGUACAUGAACGGUCUCAUUGACGCUGGCGUGGCAGGAUUCCGGAUUGACGCUGCCAAGCACAUGUGGCCUGGGGACGUGAAGGCGGUUCUAGACAAGCUGAAAGAUCUAAAUACUAAAUGGUUUCCUGAAGGAACUAAACCUUUCAUUUAUCAGGAGGUAAUUGACUUGGGUGGAGAGCCGAUCAAAGGCAGCGAAUACUUUGGAAAUGGCCGAGUGACAGAGUUCAAAUACGGUGCCAAGCUGGGGACAGUGAUCCGCAAGUGGAAUGGAGAAAAGAUGGCCUACCUAAAGAACUGGGGAGAAGGCUGGGGCUUUGUGCCUUCCGACAGAGCCCUGGUCUUUGUGGACAAUCAUGACAACCAGCGGGGGCACGGGGCCGGUGGGUCUGCUAUUCUGACCUUCUGGGAUGCCAGGCUCUAUAAAAUGGCAGUUGGUUUCAUGCUGGCCCAUCCAUAUGGGUUCACACGUGUGAUGUCAAGUUAUCGCUGGCCAAGAUACUUUGUGGAUGGAAAGGACAUCAAUGACUGGGUUGGACCGCCAAGUAACUCGGAUGGCUCAAUAAAGCCUGUGACAAUCAACGAGGACACCACCUGUGGCAACGACUGGGUUUGUGAACAUCGCUGGCGUCAGAUAAAGAACAUGGUUAUCUUCCGUAACGUGGUGGACGGUGAGCCUUUCUCCAACUGGUGGGACAACGGCAGCAAUCAAGUAGCUUUUGGCCGUGGUAAUAAAGGCUUCAUCAUCUUCAAUAAUGAUGACUGGAAUAUGAGCGUCUAUUUGCAAACUGGACUGCCUGCUGGUACAUACUGUGAUGUUAUUUCUGGACAAAAGGAGAACAACAGAUGUACUGGAAAACAGGUGUAUGUUUCUGGUGAUGGAAAGGCUAAUUUCCAGAUUAAUACUGAUGCUGAAGAUCCAUUUAUUGCAAUUCAUGUUGAUGCGAAAUUAUAACUCCAGAGAAAUAUCCUCCUCCGUUUGGUCUGUGCUUUUCUGUUUCCCCCAUAUGUGGUCCCCUGCUUUUUGAGCAUAAGUGACUGUACCUAGUGAAUAGUAAAUGGCAAUUAAAUUGAAGAAUAAUGCUUUUUCCCUUAAUUAAUUGGAUGUAACUUUAUUACCUCUUAACUAGUGGCAUUGCAGUCAGAUUUUAAGGCAAUGCAGCACUUCAAUUCCCACAUAACAAAAACACAGGAGAAAAUAAAAUAAAGUGAAAAAUAACCCAAACCAGCAUCUCAGUAAGUUAAAAUGCAGUAUUUUCAAGGCUGAUACAUGCACACACAGCUGUAUCCCACAGCAGCCACGUUGUGGGCAGUCAGCUACAAGCAGUGCCUACACACAGUUUAUCCCUUUCUUGUGGCAAUCCAAACCUGGGGUCUUGGCCAGUGAAGGAAGCUGGGCCAUGCCAAAUAGUUAUUCCAGUCUGUGACUUCAGUCACGCCACUGGUUACCUGGUUCCCAGUCAGUUUGUGCCCACACAAAUCAAACCCACAGCUCUGCUGUCGUUAUCCCCAGUGGUUUGCUGCAAAUGAAUGUUCACUGGGGGGGUCCAGAGGUGUCCAAGAACAUCGCUGUAUAUGCAGGCAUCGCUUACACCUUGUGUCAGUGGCUGAAACACAGCACAUUCUUCUCUCUGUGGUGCAUUAGACUGCCUUAUUCUGUAAUAUCUCAGAGAAUUACACAGACAGAACACAGAUUUGGCGGCUUUCCCAAUUUCCUUGUCAGCUGUGAUGUAAAGGCGAGUGUGAGCUUUGCUUCAAGUCAGAGGAAUCUUUGCACAGGAAUCAUUGCAACCUGGUCUGGGGAGGAAAAUAGAAGAGAGUUGCUCAGAUUUGCGAUUUUUGAGGUAAAGAUUUACUUUUAAGGGCUCUUUAGCUUUUGUGGUGGGAGAGAGAGUGUGUGUGGGUGUUGGGGCUGGUUAUUGGCUCUCAGGGUGCCCAAGGGCUCAGAGCGUCUGUAAAGGCAGUCGUGGUGUGGGAGAAGUGUCCCUGGCCCAGUGCUGGAUCUGUCUCCCUUGCUGGCUUUGUCCAGCACUACCUGGAUCCACCCACGCAGCCCCUGGAUCCACUCACUGGAGCAAUGUCAGAGAGCAUUAGAUUCAUGUGGCAGGAUGUUCACAGCCAGUGCAAACCUGUUGUUUGCUCACAGGGGCAGGUCAGGGAACCCUCCUGCCCCUUUGAAGUUGAUUGGCACUGCCUGCUCCUCCUGGGUUACUGUACCCAUGUUUGUUUGAGCCCUGCAUUCAGCUCUAACCCUCAGAAACGCUGUGAUUCCAUACUAGCUAUUAUUCAGACAUUGCCCAAUUCCAACUGGAAUCGUCAGUCCCCAUUUCAAAUUACACAUCCACCCCCAAGCCCCACAGCUUUUGUGGUAAAUGAUUGAAAUGACACACAUUGAUCCGAGGUGUCCAUAAAUCAACAGGCGGUGCUGAAUAUGGAGAAGAUUAUGUGAACAUAUGUGGAUCCACUUUCCAAUUAUGCUGGAGUGCAGUGAGUGUUUUGCCUAAUGUAGAUUCAGAUAGGUCUGCAUUUCACAGUGGAAUUAAAUAGAAAUAUGGAGAAAAAGAAAUCAUGAGACAGUUUCUUUCUUAUGUGUAAGUAAAACUUUGUGGGUCAAACGUUCACUGCUUUGAAAGGCCCUGACCUGGUUUUUGUUCCUUUUAUUUCAGGCUUUUUGCCACAUUGCCUUAUAAUAUGAGCACAAAGAUCAUGAAGAAAGCAACAGUGUCAUCCAGAGAAACACCAGCUCUUUCAGAUAACUCACAAAACCCAGUGUUACAGUCAGCUUUACUCACA